AUGGACAAGAUCCUCCAAACCGGCCUCUCGCUAGGCAUGUCCACAACCUCGGGUUUCCACACGGGCAAGCCCAAACCCACUGAAUCUCCUUCCCCGCCCUCAACGGCAAGGUCGACGCGUCCUACAUCUGCAUUGGCGGCUGGCCCUGGGGCGACAAGGGCACGUGGGGCUACAGGGAGGAAGAGUGGCCGGCCGUGCAAGCCGCCUGACGCGAGCUCUACGACGCCGGCAUCAACUUUAUCGACACGGCCCAGGCCUACGGCAACGGCGAAUCCGAACGGCGAAUCCGAACGGCGAAUCGGCAAGCUGGUCAAGGGUCUGCCUCGAGACAGCUACGUGAUCCAGACCAAGUGGCUCGGCAGGGCCAUGGACGUCAAGAACUAUGUGCAUCCCAGCGACGCGCCCUACAAGACGCUCAAGUCCAGCUUGGAGAGACUCGAGCUCGAUUACGUCGACAUCUACCUCGUGCACGGCCCGACACACCCGCAGAGCAUCAAGGCAGUCGCCGAAGGGCUAGCCAAGUGCGCCAAGGAGGGACUGACGCGCACCGUCGGCGUGGCCAACUACCCCAACGAAAAGGUGCUGGAGAUGAAGGCGGCGCUGGCCGAGCACGGCAUCCCGCUGGCGACGAACCAGGUCGAGUUCAGCAUCCUGCGCCGGUGGCCCGAGGUGCAGGGCGAGAUCAAGGCGUGCACCGUCAACGGCAUGGACUUCCAGGGAUACUCGGCCAUCGCCAACGGCCGGCUGACGGGCAAGUACACGGUGGAAAACCCGCCGCCCAAGACGUACCGGUUCUCGAGCUACCCCAUGGAGGACAUCCAGGAGACGUUGGCCGUGCUGGAGAAGAUUGCAAAGGCCAGGGGCAAGGCCAGGGCUAGCGUGGCGCUGAACUAUAAUAUUAGCAAGGGAGCGUUGCCUGUUGUGGGCAUUCGCAAUCCGGAGCAGGCCAGGCAGGCGAUUGAUGCGCUGGGGUGGAGGUUGUCUGAGGAGGAGAUGAUUGAGCUGGAUCGUGUGAGUGUGGAGGACACCAAGACUGUGUUUUGGCAGCAGGGUUAA